UAGCGCACCCUUUGCGCGGUGAGGAUGCGCGUGCGCAUAUAACCGCCUUGCAGUGCCGAUGGGGCGCAAUCGCACGCACGCCGUCGAGUCGCGAGCCGUCAAAAUGCGAGUAUUACUAGCGUCGUUGGCAGUCCUUGCUGCUUUAAAUGCAGCUGACGCGGACAGCAAAGCGCGCAUCGUAUGUUACUUCAGCAAUUGGGCGGUGUACCGACCUGGUAUUGGCAGCUAUGGCAUAGAAGACAUCCCAGUCGAUCUUUGCACACAUAUUAUUUACUCAUUCAUCGGCGUAACUGAAAAAUCUCAUGAAGUUCUCGUCAUAGAUCCUGAGUUGGACGUAGAGAAGGGAGGAUAUCGAAAUUUCACGGCGUUGCGAAACACUCACCCCAAUGUCAAGUUCAUGGUGGCGGUAGGAGGGUGGGCUGAAGGCGGUACCAAGUAUUCGCAAAUGGUGGCCCAGAAAAGUUCUCGAAUGACCUUCGUAAGAAGUGUCGUCGAUUUCCUCAAAAAAUACAAUUUCGAUGGAUUGGACCUUGAUUGGGAGUACCCUGGCGCUGCUGAUCGCGGCGGUUCCUUCUCCGACAAAGAUCGCUUCUUGUUUCUCGUACAAGAACUGAGGAGGGCCUUCAUUAGAGAGGGCAAGGGCUGGGAACUCACUGCUGCCGUACCGCUGGCUAACUUCAGGCUUAUGGAAGGAUACCAUGUACCAGAUUUGUGCCAGGAAUUAGACGCAAUUCACGUCAUGUCUUACGAUCUUCGUGGUAAUUGGGCUGGAUUUGCGGACGUCCAUUCGCCUCUAUACAAACGUCCGCAUGACCAGUGGGCUUAUGAGAAGCUUAAUGUGAACGACGGCCUCAAUCUUUGGGAGGAGAAAGGAUGUCCGUCAAACAAAUUGGUUGUUGGUAUUCCGUUUUACGGUCGUUCAUUCACCUUGUCAGCGGGUAAUAACAACUAUGGACUUGGGACGUAUAUUAAUAAGGAAGCCGGUGGCGGUAAUCCAGCUCCGUACACAAAUGCCACCGGAUUCUGGGCCUAUUAUGAAAUAUGUAUGGACGUAGACAAGCCAGAAACCGACUGGACAAAGAAAUGGGACGAACACGGCAUGUGCCCCUACGCCUACAAAGGAACGCAAUGGGUGGGCUACGAAGAUCCCCGCAGUGUUGAGAUCAAGUUAAACUGGAUCAAACAAAAGGGUUAUCUUGGUGCUAUGACAUGGGCGAUUGAUAUGGACGACUUCCAGGGCAUCUGUGGAGAGAAGAAUCCCCUUUCCAAACUAUUGCACAAACACAUGUCUUCGUACACAGUACCUCCACCCCGAUCUGGGAAUACUACUCCAACGCCUGAAUGGGCGAGGCCACCAUCAACAACAUCAGACCCAUCUGAAGGCGCUCCCAUUCCAACUACUACCCAGGCACCUACACUAAGACCAACUCAGGCAUCUACAGUAAGACCUACUCAGCCCAGCAGUACCACCAGUGCCCCAGUGGAGGAGGAGAAUAAACCUACUCCUGAUGUAGAACAACCUCCCUCUGAAAAUGAGGUGGACAGCGCCGAAGUUUGUAGCUCGCAAGCGGAUUAUAUAGCUGACAAAAAGCGCUGCGAUAAGUACUGGCGUUGCGUAAACGGAGAACGUAUGCAAUUCACAUGCCAAUCUGGCACCGUCUUCAAUACGGCACUGAAUGUUUGCGACUGGCCAGAUAAUGUUGACAGAAAUGAAUGUAAAUAAUAAAUAUAAAAUUAGGACAACUGUUUUACCCUCUUAUCCGGUUUCAAUUUGACUUGCUUGCGUAUCGUAGAAUGGUUGUGAACGAUCGAUUGUUCUAGACAUUCAUAAAAUCGAAUGACAUUAAGCAAAUCGAAUUGUUUCUUGAUACAAAAAGCAUUUAAUAUUUGAACUUCAAUAACAAUAUGGGUUUGAAUGAAUGACAGUUUAUUCCGUUGUGAAAGUGUUUUAUUGAGUUGAAAACAAUAACGUGGAUAAAAUAAGACUAUAGCACAAUGACUGCGAUAUUUCUAACAGGAUUGUCCAUGUCACAUAAAAUAUACUUAAUUUCUUUAUACCAAUGUUCAGUGAUACCGAAAUAAGGUCGUUCUAUUGAAGUUCAAAUGUUUACGUUGCUAAUGCUCAUUUUACUUUAGUUUAAGAUAGUUAAGUUAUUUAUAUAAAAAUAAACAUUAAAACAGCCUCGGUUGUGUAUUAAGUGACGUUUUAUAUUUAUUUUGAAAUAUGUCAUUUCCGAGGUUGUUUUAAUUUAAAAUAAUAAAUAUUAAACCUAAUAUUCUCACUUUUGUACUGAAAACUAAACUGUUCGAUGAGAUUACAUAAAAGACUGUUAAAAUUAUAAAAAACACUUACUGUAGCUAUUAUGUAUUUUUAUUAUCUAAUGAAAUUUCUGUAUGUAUAAAAACUAUGUUCAUGGAUUAUUCAUCAAUAUGAUAUAGAAUAUACAGUUUCUUAUUUAUUGUGCUUGAAGAAGCUAUUAAAGUAGUACAAUAAGUAUAUAA